UGGUUACAAGAUGGGCAUACCACCUUUUUGUGUUUUGGGGCAUCCAAAAUUGAAGACUUCAGAAUGAGACAUCAACCUAUCUCACAUAUUACAUAAAAAUGUCAAAGCAAUUUUAUUUCUUUAAAAAAGCAGUGCAGAAUAGACUGGAAGAUAAUACAUUUUGGACAGUGUGGGAACUUGUAGAGUCCUGGACUCAAAAUGAUUGGGUGGCAAUCUUUUUUAUAAUUUUCCUAGGGAUUAUUGUUGAGAUCAUACUCAUAAAGAUCUGUACAUCCUUUACUAAGAAGCCUGCACUUCCAGAAAAGGGUAGUUCAAGUGCCCAGGAGAAGGAAGACAGUUGCCUGAAAAGCAUGCAAUUUGAUAACUGUCCAAUUCCUUCAUCUUCAGAAGAAAGAGUUGAUGACUUUUCAGAAAGAACAAUUACUUCAUCACUUACAUCUGAAGAAAAUGAAGGUGACUUUGAAGAUAGAGUUUCAACACCAGAUGAAGUAAUAUGGUCAAGUAGCAGUGAAAGUAAAUAUCAAGUAAGUCACUUUAGUGAAAGUCAUAUGAUAUCUUCAAAUGGGACUAGCUCAUCUUUGUCACUGUUUCGUUCAGAAGUAAAGGAAUUUUCUCCAAGCUGUGGAGGGUAUCCAGAAAAUGAACAAGAAACAGUACAAUUUUCAUCCAAGAAAUUAUUUUCAAUAAUGAAAACCAACAAAAAUAAAAAUUUAGUAUUUUCUUCUGACUUUAACUUUUCGAGAAGUUCUAGAAUCACUAUAGAAAGUGAAGAUCUCAAUGUGGCACCAUGCCCUCCUGCCCACUUAUUUCUUUCUAGAGACCAAGUCAGACUUCUGGAAGAAAAUGUGAGAAAUCAAACUGCUUUAAAAUCCAAAACUACAUUAGAGAGUAAAACUACUUAUCUAUACUCAAGACUUCAAGAGUCCUUGAUCCAGAAUCAACAUUCUGUUAAAAUAGGUAUUUCUGCCCAACCACAAGAUUCCUUUCCAGGACAGAAUGCUCCUCAGAAUCAACAUUUUUAUGAAGCCAGAUAUACUAGUCAAGCCCAACAAUUUGUUAACAACCAAGAAUCAGUCAAUAGCCAGCCUGAUAUCAUGGCCAGAUACUUUGCUCUACCUCAAGAUUUGGUGAGGAAGCCAUUUUCCAGCAGCAUGCAAGAUUCCUCCCAGACCCAAGAUAUGGACAGAAGCCAACAUUUGCUCAAUGUCUCAUAUUCUUUUGAGACUCAAGAUUCAGUCAAAGGCCUAGAGUCUGAUAAACACUUCGAUAAGGCCCAGUAUUCUGUUUGGCUUAAAGAUUCAAACAAGAUUAAAUAUUUAAUUCGGGGGCAAAAUGCCAUUUUUAAGAAUGCCGGAUUUCUAAUUUUAACUCUAAGUCCAAAUUCAUUUGCAGAAGAGGUGCUACAAAUAAAGAGUAUAAAGCCAGAGGGCCAGAAACAAAUUGCUUCAUCAGAAUUAAGUCAGUAUUCUGUAUAUGGCUCAGGGCCUCUUUCACCUAUCCUUAAAAGGCAGAAAAACAGGAGAAAAACAUUACACAGUAAAAGUAAACUUAGUCUCAAAGUUCCAUCUCAAAAGUCAAAGAAAACACCAACUCCACGGGUAUUUCAAAUGACAGUAUGUCACACUUCAAAACCUAGCAAGUUUGGAUGCAAGUAUAAUGCUAAGAAAGAAGAAUUACAUCAAAGGAAAGGUAUAUCAGAUAUGGCUUUGCAUCUUACUUAUGUUUCCAAGCUUAUUCCUCCUUAUGUUAAGAAGUAUGCCAGAAAAAAACUAGUAAAAGUCAUGCCAGGUGUAAUAGGAUGUAGACAUUCUCUGUCACCAGAUGCACAGAAUGUCAGUUAUGUGGGGUCUAUUGAGGAAAGAGGAACCUCAGGCAGUACUAAAAAUAAAAAGCAGCAUGGCAGAGAAAAUAAAGGACAAAUAACCAUUUCACCAAAAAUCCCACCUCAGCUAGAACAGUCUUUCAUGAUCAAUACUUUUCAACUACAAUCACCUUGUUCUUCCUUAAUAGAAAUGACCUGGAAGAAUAAAGAGUCUCUUGAAGACCCAAUUACACAAGCAAAGGAAAUUGGUAUUGCAGAGUUUCGUGCCCCAAAUAGUAAAAAAACAUCUGACCUGCAUAUUCCAAAGCAGGAGGCAUCUUUAAAAGAAGCUUUAUCAGAACUUUGGCAAAAAUUUGUCUCCUCUCCCGAAGUGGAAUCAAACAGGAGACUGAAAACACUGGAAGACUUAAAAAGUACAGAGAAUUCCCGUCUUCCACUUUCAAGUGGAGAAAAGUUACCAACUAGUUCACCAGAAAUGCAAAAGUGCUUUCCAGAUGGAAACACACAAAAGCAAAAAGAGUUUCUAGAAAUUGUUCUGGAGACCUCAGAGGUUAAUCUCCUUAUAUCACUAGGAAUCAAAGAGCACGAAGGCAGUGAACAAUUAGCAAGUGUAAAAACUCAAGACAGUACAGAAGAUGUAAUUAUGAAGGAAAAGAAACCACUACUAACACUUCAUGUUACAGGAUGUGAUAACCUAAGUGAAAGUGAGGGACUGGAACGCAACACUAGAAGCAACAUAAAAAAUAUGCAAGGUAAAAGAAUAUUCGCUACAUUUCAGAAUGCCACCAACACUACCAUUCCUGAACCACCUGAGAGGGAAAUGCAUAGCGGAUUAAAAGGCAAGACAGAUACAUCAACAACAGGGGUUAGUCAUUCAGUGGUAAAGCUGGAGAAAUUACCAGAUGAAAAGAAAACAUGGGAUGCAAAAUACAUUGAGAAGAGAUGUAUAUUUAAAAAGCCACAAGAGCAUGACAGAGAGGAAGAAGAACAAACUUUUCAAGAAGCAUUUCCAGAGCUAACACAAGAUUUCAGCCUCAGCCUGCAACUAAAGCAGAAGCCUAAAUAUGUCAGAUUUGAAAUAAAACAGAGCAGUUCAGGAAGCAGAAAAACUCAAAGUAAAGAGCAAGAGGUACAACCACAAACUCUUCCUACAGAAACAAUUUUGGGGACUCGUCCGUGCCCCACGAUGGAUCCAUUUCAAAUUGAGGUAAAGCAAAGCAGAGACAGACCUACAGGCAGAGGAACUGCAGAUCCAGAGAAUCCUCUUCCAGUGCUAGAGAACCCACGAGUUGGCGAAGUUUUAAUUGAAACAACAGAAUGUGGUGUCCCAUUUGGUGGAAGCCCCAGAAAGAUACCGGAUGAUCAUAUUACAGAAGAAAAGUCAGACCUCCAACGAGUUUUACCUGCAACUGCCCUGGGGUCUUUCAUUAUCUAUAUGCUUCCUUUAUCACAUUUUAAAAGGCAGCAAAUUAGAAAAAAAUUAUCAGGAGCAAAAAGGGUACUCAGUCCCAAAUCUGUAAUUAUGAAAGUAAAGAAGCCAACCAAUUUACUGAUGCCUCAUAUCAGAAGGCAUGGUACUGCAAGUCUUAGGAGAAGAUUGAGAGGCAAUUUUAAAAUCCUAAUCAAAGAGAUGCUGCAAGAUAAAAUUGUGGCAGAUGUGCUUGUGAAUGUUACUUACCCUCACAUGUCUAUUUUGCCUCGGAUUAGAACACAUGGCAGAUUAAGUGCAGAGAAUCGCAGUCAGACCAAGCUAAAACAAGAGAAAUCAGAAGAUGAAAGGGAAGAAAAGUAUUCAGAUUCUAUUAAUAAAGGCAGUGACUCUGGCAACACAUUAGAAGAAGUUAAAUUGCAAGAUGAAGUGAGAGGAGACAAAGAAGCUCCACCAGAAGCAGUCCUUCAUGACAGCUGGAACCUCCGAUUGGAUGCCAAUCCAGAGAAGGAGCUCAAAGCAGAGGAAGACAUACCUCAACCAAUUACAUACAUGGAAACCCUUACAGAGUCUGUUUACUCUCCCAUAAUGGAUCUAACUCAUGUUGAGAAUAUGAAGAAAAGCCUAACAACACAAGCCGACUUAAAAUGCACUGCAGAUUCUGAGACACCUCUCUCAACAUCGGAGACACCUCUCCCAACAUCAGAAAAAUCACUGGCUGGAGACCCUCCAAACCGAACAAGAGAAAGUGGUGUUCUAGACUAUGGAAGUGAUACAAGGGAAAUGGGUUACUUUUCUGCAGCAACAAGUUCUGCAGAAUUACCAAAAGAUUUACCAGCAACUUUUCCAGAGACUUUUAAUUGCCACAUGCCUAUUUUAACUCAUUCUAAAAUGAAUAAAAACAAAGUAAGAUUCUCACCCACAGAAGGUUCAGUGAAGCCCAGAUCUGUACAUACGAAGACAAUGAAGCCGUCAGUGUCACAAGUAUUUAAUAGCACAGGUCAGAGAAAGAAAUUGGAUUCCAAAUAUAAGGCCAAGUUGGAGAAGAUCAACCAAGCUAAUGGAUUGCUAUAUGAAUUUAUAAAUACCCUUUACUCUCCCAUGCAGAGCUUCUGUCAUGCUCAGUUAAAGCAAGGGGAAUUAGGGGAAGUGAGACCACGGUAUGUUGAUUUUUUUGACAAGAGCAGAGCAUUCCAUGACGGAGAGGAAAAAGUGGAAGAUGGAGAGGAAGUGGAGCAAAAAACUUUGCUAGAAGCAGCUUCACAGCAUACCCAGUAUCUCUGGCCUGUUGCCUGUCAGGGGAAGGAGACCCACUUUGACGAACCAGACUCAGCACUGAACUGUUUAACACAGGAGCUGUCUGUUAAUGAGCAAGAUGCACAGCACCAAGAAUGGUUUGUACAAACUGCUUUGCAGACUGGCCACCAGAAGGGUCCUCGAGAAGCUGAGGAACUCAAGAAAACCAGCGAAACAGAAAAUAACGUAACAGCCCCUAUGGGUCCAAAGAUUCCAUCGCCCAAAGCAGAGACAGCUCCAGAGAAUAGCCAAGGCUUUAUAGUCAAUGCAUAUCAGAAGGAGAAUUGUGACCUUGUCAAAUCAGAUGAGGAACUGAAACAACCACGAAGUAUAAAUAUUCAGGAACAACCACGAAUACAUGGUACACAAGCUGUUUUAGGUUCUGCUUCAUGCCCCAUGUUGGAUCAGUUUCAAUUUGGAAAGCUAGAGAGUUAUGCUAGGUUUUCACCUCCAAAGUCAGGAGAAGCAAAGAUGGAUGGAAUCAUUUUUUCUACAAGAGAAUAUGGUGUCCCAUCUGAUGCAAAUCAUCAAAAAGAACAGGCUGGUGGUAUUGAAAAGAAAGACACAGUGACUUUUGAUCUCUGCAUACCUGCUUUAUCUACAUUCAAAAGGAAGAGACAUUUAAAAAAAUAUUCAGAUGAGAAAACUUUAGUGAAUCUCAAAUGUGGAAUUUUAAAAGCAAAGAAACCAUCGGUUUCAUACAUAUUGAGUAUUAAGGGUGGUGCUAGCCCAAACCAUAGAAAAGAACUGGGAUAUAACUCUACAACCAAAUUGGAAGAGAUGGAUCAAGGUGAAAAAAUGGCAGAAAGAGAAAAAGGUAUGUUAGGAGAAAGAAGUCUCAGUUCUAAACAAGUAAAGCAAGCAUUAUCACCACAUGAAGAGAAUAUUACUUCAGAUGACACUAAAGAGAACAGUCUUCAAGAUGCAGAGGAAGAAAGAAGUGAACAGGAGACAUUAAAAGUAAUUCCACGGCACAGCCAACACUUCAAAUUCUGUUCAGGCCAAAGGGAAGAGCUUGACCUUCAUCAGUCAGAAAACCAAGGAAGAGGGAACAUUCUCUUUGUUUUUGAACAAGACAUCUCACAACAAAUGCCGCAUACAGAUUCAACGCAGGGAGAGAAGCCAAAGAAAAGCUACCAGACACAAAAUGGUGCAAUAUAUACAGCAAGUUCAAAGCUUCCUCUUCUAAAGCCAAAGAAAUCACUAACUGGUCAAGAUUUAAUGGGUACAAUGAAAGGUGGUGUCCUAAGUGUUGGGAGCCAUAUGGGGGAAUUGUACCGUCACAAUAAAGAGGAAAAUGCAGAGUUCAAAAAGGAUCUACAAGCAACUGUCCUGGAGUCUUCGGAUGUCUCCACACCUGAUCUAUCUGAAUCUAAAAGGCAGAGAAAGACAUUUACAAGUAGAGCCUUAAAAAAUAAAAUGAGUCCCAAAUGUGUAAUUAUGAAGAGUGACAUCCCAUCUGAAAGAGGCCCUAGGAAGGAACUUGCCAGAUCUACUCCAGAGGGAAAAACAAGGUUGCAAAAGGAUUUACAAGUGAGAACCCUAAAGUGCUUUGAUUUCUCCAUGCCAGCUUCAUCUGAAUUUGAAGGUUGGAGAAAUGCAGCACAAAUCCCCAAGUCUAGAAAUGGGAAAGUACAGAUGGCAUCAAUUUUAAAGACAAUCAACAUCACUAAGUCUGAUGCUCUUAGCCAAGGAAAGGAACAGGACUUCAUCUUGGAAAACAUGGGCAAAGAAACGUCUCAAAGGAAAGCAGCAUUUGACUACUUUUCAACUGAUGAAACAGAGUGUAGUACUAUAUCUGAUGGGAGCCCUGCAAGGAAGCUAGAUGUUCACAUUGCAGUUUCCCUACAACCUGAAGAAGAAGAGGAAGACAUAAAAACUCCAAAAGUAAUGAAACACAGAGUUGAUCAAAAUAUCUUACCUACCAAAUCAGGGAACUCAGUACUUGUAGAUCCAGGUGAUAAAAGCUCUAGAAGGAAAAUGGGUGCCAAGAAACCUAGAGUGUUGCAAAGAGAUUUACUAACGAUGUCCACAAUAUCUGUUUUAUUUGACUCUGAAGGUCAGGAGAAGAUAUUAAAAUUUUCAGGAAGGAAAAAUCUUAGGCGUCCCAAAUAUGUAACCACGAAGGCAAAGAAGAAGGCUCUUUAUUCACAGAUGCUUAAUAUCACUGAACACGAUAAUCUCUACUGUAGAAAGGAACAGAACUACAACUUAAAAUCUACAAUAAAUGACAUGCAACAAAAUAAAAGUAUAGCGAAUGCAUUAUUGUCUCCCACACCUGUUUCAACUGAUAACAAAAUAGAUACUGAAAUGCAUAGCACAUCAGAAGCAGAGAUGGAUCAACCCAGAGUAACACUAUAUAGCCGUACCUCUGCAGAGCUAGGAAAAUCACCAUGUGAUAGGGAAGUAUGGAAGGCCAAUUCAGUUGAUCCACAAAACAGAUCCAGCAACACAAUGAAAAUGAAUGUGCAACAUGAAAGCAAAGAGGAAAAUAUCAAAAAAAUGUUAUCGGAAUCAGUCCCACACUAUAACCACCGCUUCAGUUUCAGUGCCCAUCAUAUGAAAAAUUUUGGUUCUUACCAAUCAGAAUCUGAACUGAGUAAUUUAGAAGUCAGAAGCACUUGGAAUUUGUCUUGUGCAGCACAAAGAAUGAGGCAAGAAAAAUGCUUUAGAGAAACUAUUUUGGAGCCUGUUUCUAGACAUGUGAUGAAUUUUCUUCAAGUUGAAACAGAGAAAAAAAGUCUUCAUACUCAAGAAAGAAUUAAAUGUAUGGGAGGACUAAAGACUCCAUUUCCAAAAGCAAGAAAAUCAGAGACUGGUUCAAUACAAUGUGGCGUUCUCUGGGGUGGAAAUCCUAGGAGAAAAUGGGAUAGUUAUAUUUUUGAGAAAAAGGCAUGGAAUCAAAAUGACUUAGUAAGAGUCUUAAAAUCUUCAGGUUCUUCCAGCCUUGAUUCAUGUGAACCUAAAAGCCAGAGCUACACAUUAGAGUUUGUAGGCAAGAAAAGUAUAAUAAAUCCCAAGCAUGUAACUUUGAAGGCAAAGAAACGAUCAGUUUCACAGUUGCUUAAUAUCACAGGGUGCAUUACAGGAAGCCAUAGAAAGAUGAAGGGGUGCAAAUUUCAGUACAAGAUGAAAACGCAGUGGUUUGAAGGUGUGGGCGAGGCAUCACUCCUUGCUGCUGAGGGAACUAAGAUUCCACCACCCAAGUUAGUGACUGAUGAACACUCCCUCGAUGCAACAGCAAGGGGCAUGCUAUAUAACAGAACACUUCACAGAAAUCUGCAUGGUCAUAUUACAGAGGAAAAGGCAGAGUCAUGGGAAAAUUCAGCCACAACUUUUCUGGAGCCUAUAGAUUUCUUUACACCAAUUUUCUCUGACUCUGAAAGCCAGAUAAACACAGUACGAUUAUUAGAAGAGAAAAUCACAUUGAAUCCCAGAUGUUUAACUCUGAAGGAAAAGGAGCCAGCAAUUUCACAAAUACUUAAAAUCAGAGGGCGGUUUACCACAAAACGCAGGAAAAAACUUGGAUCCAAUUUAAAAACGAAAAUGCAACAGAUGAGUCAAGGUAAAAAUGUGGCUGAUACAUUUCCAAAUACCAUUUACUUCACACCAGAUACCUGUGACAUUGAAAGACAAAGCAGAUUCAAAAUCGGGAUGGACAGAAUAUCAAGAUUUAGUCAUGUACAACCAACACAAAUGCAGUUGCCAGUUGAAGGGCUAGUGAUUUCACAACCAGUUAAUAUCACUGGUCACGCUGCUUUAAGCAUUAAUGAGCAACAGGGAAAGAAGAUAGACAGAAGGAGAGAGAAAACUGUAUUAAAUGUGGACCUAAAAUUUGUAUAUGAUUCUAUGCCUAUUUUAUCACACCUAAAAAUGGAGCCAUCACCUAGUACCUGGGAUAUCUAUGAAGAAUCUUCUGGAAAGAGAAAUGCCCUAAACAAAGCAAAUGCUAGUUCUGCUUAUGCCUACAUACCUAUGUAUCCUAAAAUCAUAAAACAUAAAGCUAAGGCAAAAACAGCAGAUGUGAAAAACACUAUGCAUAUCAGACGGAUGAAAUUGAAGGCAAAGAAACCACCUGUCUCCCAGCUGUUUAAUACUACAGGAUGUGGAACCAGAAGAAACAAAAAGGAACUGAGAUGUGACAUUAAGAAACAGAAGGAGUUCCAGCAAGAUAAAACCAUAGCAGAUUUAUUUCUGAACACUGUUUGUGAUUCUGGAUCUCUUUCAUCUCAAAGUAAACAAUUUACAGAAGUAGAAAGGGAGAAAUCCAGGCCAAGAAAGCCCAUUAACGUUCCUCCACAGCUAGAGCUGGAGGAGUCACUAAACAAAAGAAAAAUGUCAUCUUCAGAGUCCACUGAUAUAAAGAGUGCUAUCUCAAGAAAUAUCAAAACACUGAAACAACGCAUUAGAGAGCAAAAAGAAAAGCGCCAAAUUGUUUCACGAGACAUUCUCCCACAAUGUAGAGAUCAGUUAGUGACUGGCCAACAUGCGAAGAAGGAGCUUGACCAUGUGAAAAUAGGAGUAGCUUUGAAAAGGGAAGUAUACCCUGGUCUAGCUUCCCAGAAGAGAGAAAUCAAUUAUACUACGUUCAACAUCCCAAGAAUCAGAACUCAUGCAGAAUGUGAAUUCCCUGUUGCUCCAAGAGUAAAGCACAAAGAUGCAGACGUCAUCAAAUGUUCAGUUUCAAUUCCAUGGGGGAGAGGAGUAUCCAAGAAAAACAAUAUUUCAUUAAAUUCAAAAGAACAGAAUAUAUUUCUUACAGAGUUGGGUGCUUCUCAACAGAAGACUCACAAGGAGCAAGAAUUUCAGAAACAAGGAAGUAUUUCACUGACAAUUCGGGGGUCUUUUGCCUACCCCAUUAUGGAACCUCCUCGUUUGAAGAACACAGGAAGGGUAGCUGAGGAAGAUAUAUACACUAACAAAAGGAAUAUUUCACAUUUAUUGAGAAGAGAAGAUAUAAAAGAAACCGAUAUCUCACAAGGUUCAAAAGGACAGAAGUUUCUUUGUACCAAUCUGGUGGGCCAGCAAACUAUGUCUGCAGCGCAGAAAGGAGAGGUGAAACCAGCUGGUGUUCCUGAAAGUAUUGUGGAUUCUGUGUCCCGCCCAAAUAAAGAGCGUCUUCAGGUAACACAGGCAGUAAAUACAAAGAAGGAAGAUGUAAGCCCUUCUCUAAGUUUACGUGUAAAUCCAGGGAGAAAAGAGCAAUCAAAGUUAACGGAUAUUCCAUUAAGAUUAAAUGGACAGAAAGUGACUUCUGAAAAACUGGGGGCGAAGCAACUACGUAGUUCUAACCAGAAUAAAGAAAAUAUUCUGGAAUCCAUUUCUUCUUGCAUGUUGGAUCAACUCUAUAAUGAAAAGCUGAAGAAAAAAGUCUCAGCGAAAGGAGUGAGUUCAAAAGUUUUGAGUUCAGUAGUAGACAAAGCAUUGAAUGAAGCAGCUACUCCAGUAGAUCAACCUUCUCUUAGCUUGCAUAAUAGAAGAAAAGAACAUCAAAAAGAAAGUACGUGCAAGGUUCUCCCAAAAUCUGUUUCUCAUUCCUCGAUGGAUGUACUUCAGAUUAAGUUGCCAUGUGUAAAAAAAACAUUAAAGACUCCAACCUACCACACUGCAAAUACAGAAGGAAUUGGCUUGCUUGUUGAGGGAAAAGAAGAAGAGCAUCCAGAAUGUACACACUAUAUUUCUCCAAAGUCUGCUUCUCACUCUUUGAGGGAUGUAUUACAGAGUAAGAUACCAUGUGAAAAGAAGGCAUCAGAAGAAGUAGCUAACACUGUGGAUUACAUUCCAAGUAGAGAAAAAAUUAGCUCGCUCAUAACAGGAAAAGAGAGCAAGGUGCACACAGGUAAAGGUCAAUCAGGUAUGAAACUGACAAGCUUGUGUACUUCCUUCCCGUCUCUAUCGCAUACUAAUGUGAAUUCAAGAAUAAAAGUAGGACAAGACAAGUCAGGAAUACCAAGGAGCUGCCUUCCACCACUAAAGCUCCAGGUAUCACCAAAUGUCAGGAAACCUUCCUUUGCAGAGUCAAUUAAUAGAGGUAGUUUAAGCAAUGUAAGAGAAUCAAAACAUUUGCCGCAGGGAAAAAAAGAAGAUGGACUAUAUGUGAAAGACCUAAGGGGCCUCAAAUGUGUCACUUUUAAAGGAAGGAAAACACCUUUUGAACACACGCUGCAUGGAAAAGAACCACAGUGGAAGAACAAAGAACAAGAGGAAACGAGGCACAAAGAUAAAAGUGAUCCAGACAGAGUUCAGAGUAAACGCCAUGCUUCCAUUCCUUCUUCACCUCAUGUGGAUUGGGAUCCUGGAAUAAAAGAGGUGCUCAUGCGAGGAAUCACAAGAUUUUGUCCUCCAUCACUGACGCUCCAGGAAUUAUCAGAUACAAUGGGAAUAUGUGCGGAGCCAGCUGAUGAUAUUUUAAGCAGUAUAAAAAAGGCAAAAUAUAUGCCACAGAAAGAUGGAGGGGAAAUGGCUUUGGAAGAAAUCAGGCAUCCCAAAAGAAUAGCUUUGAAGGCAAAACGGACUCCAGUUGCACACGAAUUACAGUUGAACAUCAAAGAAAAAGAGAAAAAGAUGCAGGAAGAUCAAGAUAAACCAGUUGGGAUUCAGAGCAAAUCUCGUGUUUCCAUCUCUUUUCCACCUUACUCAGAAGUGGACACAAGAAUAAAAGGGGAAGAAGCCUUGCUAAUAAAAACAAGACCCUCUUUCCUACAAACAGAACUCCAGGAGUCAUCAGAUAGAGGAAAAAUAGCAUACAAACCGUCUAUUCGUGGUGAUACCUCAAACAGUGUGAAAGAAUCCAAGGAACAUUAUAUAAUUCAGGAAGAAGAGGAGAAAGUAAAAAUGGUAAAAGUCAUACUUUCGAGGAAAAAGAGAUCACCAAUUUUACAGCUGGACAUCAAAGAGCAAGAGGAGAAGACACAAAAAAUUAAAGGUGAGCCAAAUGUCCUUGCGACCAAUACUAGCACUUGCAUACCUGCUCCUUCUCAUUUACACUUGGAUACAAGAAUAAAAAAAGCAGACUGUGUAACUGAAGCAACAAGAUGCUCUCUUCCAGAACUAUCACAGCAGAAAUCAUCAGAUGCAGUGAAAAAAGCAAAUAAAAAGUCCACUGAUGGUGAUAUCACAAGUGAUGUACAAGAGACAAAAGAACAUACACCACAGAAAGAAGAGACUAAGGUAGAGAAAUCAGCAAAGAGAGACACAAUGCAGCCAAAAGAUAAAGAUUUGAAAGGAAAGAAAGCACUAUUACAGGACAUACCAUUGAAUCUUAAAGAGCAGGUGAAGGAGGGUCCAGAAGGUGAAGAGCAGGGGAGAGUGGAUAGAGGAGGUAAAGGUGAACAAGAAGUAGUUCUGCCCACAAAUUGGGCUUCUGCAUCUUUAACUCACCGUGAAUUGAACACAAGAAUAGGAGAGGAAGACAGGCGAGAAAUAACAGGAUCCGCUGUUUCACGACUACAGCUACGGAAAUCAUCUGAUGCAGGGAAAGUAGUGUACACAAAGUCAGCUGGAGAUGAUAUUUCAGAUGAUGUAAGAGUAGUCCAAGAGUAUGAGCCACAGCAAGGAGAAGAUAGAAGAAAAGUGGUAAAUAGAAAAUUUAGAAUGUAUCCCAAGGGCACAACUUCCAAGGCAAAGGUAUUACCGCUUCCACACGUACUCUUUACCUCUGGGGGUUGUGACGCCCAAAUUAGAGAAGUACAGACAAGCGUGAAAGAAAAAUUAAGAUACAUACAAGAAAGAAGUGAGCUAGGUCAGGUUCUGACAAGACCUUCUCUGCCUCGGUUUAAAUUAAACAAAAGUAUAGAAGGCAAGGAGGAGAAACAAGUAUCAAGAUCCUUUCUUCCACCCUCAUGGCAAAGGGAAGCAUCAAAUGCAGAGAAAUUAAAACAUACAGUACUACCUUUGAGCGAUGUUUCAAAUGAUUCAAAAAGAACAAAAUACACGACACAGAGAGAAGAGGAUAAAGCGAAUACUUUUGAGAAAGACAUAAUGCAUUCUAAGUAUAUGGCUUUGAGGGCUAAGAAAUCACCCCUUUCCCUUAUACUCAAAACAAAGAAACUGCAAGUGAACAUCAAAGAACAAGGCGAAGUGGGACAAGAAGGUAACAAGGAAACCGUUGUGCUUCUGAGCAAAAUUCAUCCUUUUCUCAUUUCCUCAACUCAUCUUAAGUGGAACACAAUAAAAAACGAGGAAGGUGAGCCAGGAAUAAUAAGAAAUGAUGCGCCACGUCUUGAGCUCCAAGAAUCAUUGCCCUCAGGGCAAAUAGCAUCUACGGAUUCACCUGACAGCCAUGUGCAGAAAGGAGACCAAUGCCCACGACAGGCAGACAGGAGCGGUGUACAAACAGGAGCCAUGAAGGGCUCAGUGCAGCCCUGGGGCACAGAUUUUAAGGCAAAGACAUCACCACCUUCUCAUACAUUCAGUGUCACUGAACACGGUGCUUUGAACGAGAGAAAGGAACCACAGUGGCAUAUGAGGGAGAAAGUAGAACAGGGGCAGCAAAGAACAGGAGAUCCUGAUGCAGCUCUGACAAAAACGUCUCCUUCCACAGCUUCUCCAUCUUACCACAGAUCGGACACAAGAACUAAAGUAGACAAAGAUUUGCUUGCAGUUACAGGAUUCUCUCCUUCACAGUUGCUGUGCUCUAAGUCAUCAGGUGCAGGAAAAAUCAGAUAUGCAGAUUCCAGUGAAAGUAUUAGGUCAUGUAGUGUAAUAAUAAAAGCUUAUCAAAGUAUGCCAUAUACAGAGGUAAAGGACAGAGUAAAAAUAAAAGGUGGGAAAGAUCGACGAGUCCCCCAAGUAAUCACCUCGACAGCAGAGACAUCCCCACUUCCACAUCUACCCAGUAGAAAGAGGCUACAUUUGAAUAUUAAAGAGCAAGGAAAAGAAGUGCCAGAAGGCGAAAGUGAGCCAGAAAUGGUUCUGAAGGAAAGCUAUGCCUCCUUACCUUCUCCGUCUUAUCUGAAAUGGGACACAAGGAUGAAUGAAGAGGAAGACACACGAAGAAUAACACAAUCCUAUUUUCCACCACCAAAGAUUCAGGAUCCAUCCAGUUCAGGCAAAAAGCGAUAUACUAAGUCAUUUGAUGGUUGUGUGUUAAAAGAGAAGGAUAGACUCAAAACAGAUCUUGAAAACAAAAUGGUCCCAAUACCUAUGGCUUUGAAGGCAAAGGAAUUACCACUUUCACGUGUACUCGAUACCAAAAAAUUGCAGUGGAAAAUUAAAGAGCAAGAGAGAAAGGUGCAGAAAGAUGAAAACGACCUAGCUACGCAUCAGGAAAACAUUUGUACUUCUGUACUUAUUCUACCAUAUCUUAAAUUUGGUUCAAGAGAAGGAGAGGGGUACAUGAUAAGAAUUACAAAACUGCCUCUCCUGCACCUACAGUCCAGGGGAUCACCAGAUGCAGUGAAAACAACAGACGCAGAAACAACUGAUGGAGGACUCUCAAAUGAUGCAAAAAAAUUAAAAGAACACACAUUACCGAAAGAAGCGAGGGACAGAGAGAAAAAGGUGGAUAUGAAGAGUAUGGUGGAUCACAAUGAUAGGUAUUUAAAAGCAAAGAAAUCACCGAAUUUACUUAGAAACAAUCUAAGUGCCCUUCGGUGGAAGACUGAAAAGCAAGAGGGAACAGCUCAGGAAGGUCAGCGUGAGCCAGGUGGUGCAAUGCUGACUAAGACUUGUACUUGCAGAUCUCCCCUACUUCACUUCAACACAAAUACCAGAGUUGAAGAAAAGAGAAUACCGAUAUUAACAGGAUCCUCUUUUCCCACAGUCGGCUCCCAGGAAUCAUCAGAUUCUGAGGACAUGGAAUGUAUAGAGCCCGUUACCAGCGAUAUUUUAAUCAGUCCACAAAAAGGAAAACAUCGUAUGCCCCAGAACAAGGAAAGGGAUGGAGUAGAAAUAGUAAACCUCAUGUUUCCCAAACAUCAAGAAAAGAAGAUGCAGGAAAGUGAAGAUGAACCAAGGGUGGUUGUGGCCAACUCUUCCUCUCCAUCACCAUCUCUCCCUCACCUGCAGUUGGAUAAAGAAACACAGGUAGGUGAUGAAAUGCUAGGACCUGCAAGGUCUGUUGUGCAGGGAGAAUCAAAUGCCGGGGAAGUAGUACAUACAGAAGCAAUCCGUGGUGAUGUCACGGAAGACAGUCAGAACAAGAAACGACUCGUGCCUCAGGAAGAGGAGCAGGACAGAGAAAAAACAAGAGAUAGGAGAAAUAUGACACACACCACAGAUAUAAGUUUGAAGUCCAGGAAAUCACCUCCUUCACUUAAGCUCCAUAGAACAGAAUUGCAUCUGAACAGGGGAGGGCAAGAACAAAAGAAACAUGAAUGUCCAGGUAAACCACCUGGUACAGUGCUAAGAAAAAUUUAUGUUUCCCAACCUCCAGCUGAACUUACAUUGGAUAAAGGUAUACAAGUAGAUGAAGAAAGGCUUGGAAUUAAAAGACCCUCUCUAAUUCCACAAAUGCUUUCAGCAGUAUCAGAUACAAAGAUGAGAGCAGAUACAGGGGCAAUUUGUGAUAUAAGAGAAAGCAAACAACAUAUCUCACAGAAGGGAAAAAAGCACGAAGUGAAAACAGUAGAUAUGAGGAUCAUGAUGCAUCACAAAGAGGCCAGGAUUUCGUCAAUUUCACAUAUCUUUAACACAAAGGAAUUUGUGUUGAAUAUUAAAGAGCUAAAGGAAAACGCAUACAACGGUAAAGAUGAGCUACCUGUGGUUCUGACAAGGACUUUUCUUUCUGUCCCAUCAGCACCUUCCCUUUAUCUAGACUCAGGGAGCAAAGCAGACAAAGAUGUGCCAGGACUUACAGGAUCCUUUCCUCCACAGCAAAAUCUCCAGGAAUCAUCAGAUACCCAGAAAACAGCAAAUACAGAGGUAGUUGCUGGUGAUGGUGAGAUCGUUAAAAAAGCGGGACACUCUGUGCCCCAAGAAGACGCAGUACAAGAGUGGACCUCAAACUUCAUGAUCAGUGUACGGCGAAGGAAUGAACCUCCACGAGUCAAAUCUGAAGGAGAUCUGAGUCAGUUAGUUUUAAAUUCACAGCAUGAGAACAUUUAUUUAACAGGAUUUGGUACCAUAACUGGAAAGAGGCUGGAGUAUUUCUUUACGGGACAAGAGGUUCAGCCAGAAAAAUACAAAACAGAAACUUUCACUACAUUUCUUUCCUACCCCACCAUGGAGCCCACUAAAAUUGAAAAUCUGAAGAAACAAACUGAAAUAGUGGAUAACUUAAACCAUAAAAUAAGCCCUAAUGUUUUAGUUACACCGCCAAGGAAAAUAACCGAGGAAAUAUAUAUCACAUUUGGUACCCCCGUAAGUGCAAAAGGAUUUUCUGUUGCAGAGCAAGAUGCCCACCAACAAAAAACUUUAUCAAAAGCAUUGCCAGGAUCUGCAGAUUCAUAUAAAUUUGAUAAGCGAGAGAAAGAUGUACAUAAUAAUGAUAAAGUGAGGGAAAUGCUCUCUCCCAAAGUGUUGGCCGCACAGACAGAGGGAUCACUUGAGAAAAUGAAUAUCGCAGAGUCAGAUACCUCCCCAAUUAUAGAGGAACAAGAGAUUGUUGUGAAAAAGCAAGUGGUGCUACAGUCUGAAAGUGGACAUAAGACCUGGCUGGACUCCAGCUUUUCUCUUAAGUUCCCACUUCAAAACGGAAGGCAGAAGAUGCCACUGGAAACAGAUGUACACAAGCAAAUGGCACUGUACCCCAGAAUACUAAUACUACCAGGAAUACACAUGGAUAUUACAGUGUCUGAUACCAUAGGAGCGGGAAAAGAACAGGGACUGCCAGUUCCACAACAAGAGGAAUAUAUUCUAGAAUCACUUCAGAAGUCUCUUUCUUCCCACUGGACUUUUCCACUUCAAUCUGGAGAUCUGGAGGGAAAAAACAAAAUGGACACAAGCGCUACUAUAAGUCUGGAGCAAAAAACAGUAGAAAUGGAAGAAGGGGAGUUAAAAAUAGACACAAACGUGGCUAUCCGUCUGGCAGCAGACAAAACAGAAAUGCACAAACGCACCGUGGUCAGUCUGGAGGGGAGCAAGAAAACGGACACAAGCAGCACCGUAAACCUGAACACUCCAUCUCUAAAGGCACAGAUACCUCAAAUUAACACUCAGCUGAUAACUCAUAGAGCAAACAGCUGCCCAAUCAAGCAAAAAUAUAAAAAGGAACUAGAAGUCUCUGGUGCAAAACAAAAUAUUCAGCCACAGAAAUUGUUUCAAAAACAUGUUCUAGAUUCAUUUUAUGCCGAUAUUCCUCUUUCUCUCAAAUUUAAAAGCUGGAAAGGCAGGUUGACAGUAGCAGAUUUGAAAAGAGAAUUGAGCCCCAAAGAUUUAACCAUGAAAAUCCCAAAUCAUCCGGUUUCGCAGAUUCUUAACAACACAGGACGUGGCACUCCAAGCAAUAGAAAGAAAUUAGAGUAUGACUUGAAGAAACCAAAGAAAACAGUUUUGCGGAGUGAAGAUGCCUCCGGGAUAUUUGUCAGAAGUCUUUCUAUUUCCACAAUGAGUUCAUCUCAGAUGCAAGAAAUAGUAGACUCUGAGACAAACCGAGGAAGAGAAAAGAUACUCUGUCCUUCUGAAAUCCAGCAGAAAUCACCACACACUCAGAGGAAUAGCUCGAGCACUGUAAAAGAAGGGGACCAGAGUUUUACAGACACAGCUCCACAGGAUUCCCAGCCCUCCGUGGUAGAGGAGCAACAAAUGCAAAAACUCCCCAGUGCCAAUUCAGAAGCAAACCUUGGCAGUGAAACAAAGGAAAAAAAUGUAAUUCCACAAACCAAAGAAGAAAGGGUUGUUCCAGGGCACGACAGCUCAGGGAUCAUAAAAGAACCUGACUUGCGUAUGACUGAAGAAGAAGAAAAGGCACCAAAACCCAUUCUGACACCUACAGAGGGUCCACUCAUGUCUGACGAGCCAGAGGACAAUUGUAUCUCACCCCCUCAACAGGGGGAUCAGAGCGAACCCAUCCAGGCUACAACCGCACAAAACGUCCAGCAACAAAAAACUUUUCCAGGAACUGGGCCUAUACCAUCCCAAGUUAAAAGUAAUGAAAUAAAAGUAGUGGCAGAUAGUACAAGUGCAGAAAGUUUACUUCCUCUUUUUGAAGCAAUUAAAAGUAUCUUUGAAUCCCAGAUAAAAAAUAUGAUCUAUGACAACAUUUGUGAGAAUAUACUGGAAAAACUAAAAGCCCCAAAACCUGAUGAUAGAAAGUUACCACCGUGUGCAGGGAGCCCAGAUACAACAUGCACAGUACCUCCCAAAGUGCAGCCAAAACCCAUUUUAGAACGUUUUACUCCCAAAGAAAACAAUAAGCUCACUAAUCAUUUCGAGUCAAAAGCAUUUGAAAUAAAACUGAAUCUGAUACCAGAGAUGGCAAAACAAUCCUUCCAAAAGCUCAACUUUUAUCUAAAACAGUCUUUUUCAGAAGAUAACAGUUGGAGGCUAUAUCCGAGACAUAAAAAAAUGUGCUUUUUGUCUCUAGAAGGGACUGAUACUGUAGAACUUCACUUAAAACAGAAAUGCGCUAAGGAUUCACCGCCUGUCAGCUGUACGAAGACAUUGAUUGUCAGUGUUUCAAGUGACAGUGAAGAGAUCAUUACAAAGUUAAGGAGUAUUAGUAAGCUAGGAAGUGGAGUGUCUUCAGUGACUCCAGCUAAGCAGAUGCCAUUGCCUCAUAUUCUUCAAAACUACUCAGUAGAAGAAAAAGACAAACUGCUCAUACACUUUUCUAUGAAAACAUUGGAGAUUCAAAUGAAAGCCUUUCCCAGAAUUGUAAGAGAAUCCUAUGCAAUGGCCAGUCGUCAGAAUAUAAGGAAGCCUUUAUCUAAAUGUAUUCAUUCUGGUUUCAAAGUACCAAAACGAAAAAAUAGAAUUUUGUUACGUUUUGAGGAAAAAUCUCUUCAUCAAAUAGAUCUUGAUUUACAAUACAAAUACCUUCAUUUUCUCCUGGGGCUUCCAGUCGGAAGUGUAUUCCCUAAACCAACUGCACUUCCCAAACAUAUUCUUAAGUUAAACACAGUUGCAAUAUGUGAAAAUAUAGAUAACAGGGGAGAAAGUGGUGGUGGUUUUUGCAUUGACACGGAACUGUUAGAACAGCACAUCUCUUUCAAAAAUCAAAGUCCUCAUGAAAACUCAUCGUUGAGAAAAUUCCUGGAGCCAACCCUUGUGUGUGCUUCUGACCCCAAUCAACAAGGCCCAGUGCAGAAAGAUACUACAGCUCUUUCAGAGUUAAAAUCUCACAUGACUCUGGAAAAAGAUAAACAAUGUCAUGUAUGGUUUCAAGAAACAGAUAUGUGCAAAUCGUUUGAUUCAAAGACUCAGGAAAGCACUCCCAGUUUAGUUGAUUCCCAUUCAACUCAGAUUUCUGAAGAUUUUACCGAGAGUCAGACAAAUAUUGAGAGUUCAGCCAACUUGGAGGAAUGCUCAGCUCUUGAAGCACAUGAGAGUGAAGAAUGUAUGUUUUUGGAAGUCAACCCUUAUUUAAGUCAGGAAUCACAAAACAUUCUAUUUGAAUUACAGAAAGGCAUUCCUUUGGAAAAUCUCUACAAGAUGAAAAAAAGCAAAACGAAUUUGAAACCGUUGUAUAGGGAAGAUUCAGGUUCCCAACAUAUUAGAGGCUGUAGAAAACAUUCCUCAAUUGUCACACCUUCCUAUGAAUCCCACAAAAGCAGGAAAUAUAGGUCAUCCUCUAAAAUGCCAUCUCCUGACUGGUUGCGCUACGGUUCAUUAAAUGCUGUGGAAGUUCUGUCUAGAUCAUCUUCCAUUCCAUUCAGUGAAGAGAAGUCUUCAUGGACUGCAAGGUGCAGAACCAACCAUUCUUUAGCUCCCUUAACAGAAUCAAACAUCAAAUUACAUCUUGCAAAAGGCCAAGGCAAACCUCACAGGCAUCUGGAAAGCAACGAAGGAAAGAAGGCCAAAUCUGAUUUAUUUAGAAAGAACAACAUUCAUUGGGACUGUGAUUACAGUUAUACAUGGACUAAAGAGAAAUGCACAAGAAAGAAGAAAGUCCGUAAUUGUGAGUCCGAAAGAUCAAAUUACUUCGCAAGCAAACCUAAGUUACCAUCAAAGCUUCAUCAAGAGGAUAUCAACUUUCAUUCUGAAAGAAAACAAAACCAGCCAUUUUUUUAUGCCUGUAUACCAGCAGAUUCACUGGAAAUUAUGCCCCAAACCAUUCGCUGGACUGUUCCCCCAAGAACUUUAAGGAAGACAAACUUCAGAGUUCCUCUGGUGGCAAAGAUUUCAAGUUCUUUCAAUAUAUGGACUUCAUCCAAAAAGUUUUUGGAGUCCCUCUUGGAGUCCUUCAGUCCAGUUCAUCCAAAUUGAUACUAGCAUACCUAGAUUCCUCUGAAGUGGAAAGCUGAUUGCUGUUGUGUUACUCUAUGAAAAAUAAAAUCAGAUAAAGUCAAAUGGUUUCCUCAUGAACUGUUUUCCGAACUGAUAUAUUUUAUUUCUGCAGUAGAUUUGCACAAUUGUUCUGGGAGGAUAGGUUGGAAGAGCAGAUGGCUUUGGGCUUGACCCCACCAU